AUGUCUUCACAUUUUAACGAAUUACUUGCUGGUGGAAUUGCUGGUGGAGCUGGAAUUAUCAUAGGACAACCUCUUGACACCGUUAAGGUUCGCUUACAAGCAGAAAAGGGUUACAAUGGCAUAGUAAAUUGUUUAAAGAAAACUAUCUCGAAUGAAGGCGUUUCGGGUUUAUUUAGAGGCUUGCUUCCCCCCUUGCUUGGCGCAACUUGUGUUAAUGCUGUCUUGUUUUAUUCAUAUGCUUUAUCGGAGAAAUUUUUACAUGAAUUUCAGGAAGACCGACUUCCUCUCUCUUCUUCGAAGUCAGCCUUUCAACGAGAAGAUUGGAAAGUUUUUCUUUCAGGUUCAGUUGCUGGAGCAUCCUCAGUUAUUGUUACAACUCCUAUUGAGCUUCUUAAAUGUAAAUUACAAGUUGAGCACUCCGUUCAUUCAAAUCACGAAGUAAUAUUCUUAAUGAAGAAGAUAUAUAAUAGAUAUGGUCUACUACAUGGUUUUUUUCAUGGCGCUACAGUCACUCUGUUACGCGAUUUCCCUUCUUUCGGAAUUUAUUACUGGUGUUACUAUAAAGUUAAGAAUAUUGCUCUACAACUUUCUAAUUCAGACCAACCAAAAUCUUCACAUCUUCUUACAGCAGGUGCUAUAGCUGGAGCAUUCAGCUGGGUGUCAUGUUACCCUGUGGACGUGCUGAAGACACGAAUUCAAGUUUUAGAUCGCCUACAAAGCGACUGCCGACUGUUGGAAGUGGCCAAAUCAAUUUAUAAGAAUGAGGGAAUAAGCCCGUUUUAUAGGGGUUUGGGUGCCACGGUUAUUAGAGGAGCCCCCGUCAGUGCUGUCACCUUCCUCGUUUAUGAGCAAUUACUACAGCUAUUAAAAUGUAGCUAA